CGUGUUUGUUGAUGGCAGCACCAGUUCCUGUUGCAGUGCUGCUGUAUCGGGGUUGGGCGGUUUCUCAUCCAAAGGCCUCUAUUCUGCAUCUUCUGGAUGUCCAAAUACAACCUUUUUCUGCUCAGGCAUGGCGAAGGGGCCUGGAACAAGGAGAACCGCUUCUGCAGCUGGGUUGACCAGAAACUGAGCGAGAACGGGAUUGUGGAAGCCCAAGAGUGUGGUAGGCUCUUGAAAAAACAUGGAUACCAGUUUGACCAAGUUUUUACCUCCAUACUGACCCGUUCCAUCCAUACAGCCUGGUUGGUCUUGGAGGCCAUGGGCCAAGAGUGGGUCCCAGUCACCAAAUCCUGGAGGUUGAAUGAACGACAUUAUGGUGCCCUGAUUGGCCUUAAUCGGGGUGAGAUGGCAUUGAUCCAUGGUGAGGAACAGGUUAAACUGUGGCGGCGUAGCUAUGACCUCACUCCACCCCCCAUUGAUGAGUCGCAUCCCUAUUAUGCUGAAAUCUAUAAUGAUCGCAGAUACCGUACGUGUGAUAUUACGAAAGAGGAACUGCCCAAAUCAGAAAGUCUAAAGGAGGUGUUGGACAGACUUCUACCUUACUGGAAUGAUGUCAUCGUACCAGUAAUCAAGAGUGGCCAAACUGUCCUCAUCUCUGCACAUGGCAACAGCUGCAGGGCCUUGCUUAAACAUUUGGAAGCUAUAUCGGAAAAAGACAUUGUCAGUGUAACAUUGCCCACCGGUGUACCAGUCUUACUGGAGCUGGAUGAGAAUCUUCGACCCGUCAAGCCACGUCAGCUCUUGGGUGACCAAGCCAAAAUACAGGCAGCUAUCAAAAAGGUGGAGGAUCAGGGAAAGGUCAAUGGAGGAAAUAAAUAAGGUUUCUUUGUGAAGAGUCAAAACCAUGCAGAUAGGAAUUAUUCAAGCAGUAAGGUUAAUGGCACAAAAAGUUGCUCAAUAUGCCCUGAAGCACUGAAUCAUUACGCUGGCAGCCAAAAGUUUGGAGUAAUGUACAGAUUUUGUACAUUGAUCCAUGACACUCUUUUCCAAUUAUCUGUUGUCCAUUGUCUGUUUCGUUGCCCACUCUAACAUUUUCUAUUUCAAAAGUUACUUUUCCUUUGCAAUUCUUCCCAUAAGUCCUGCACCCCUGAGUCUUCUCUUUACUGUUGUACAUGAAACUGGUGUUGAGCAGGUAGAAUUCAAUGAAGCUGUCAGCUGAGGACAUGUGAGGUGUCCAUUUCUCAAACUAGAGACUCUGAUGUACUUAUUCUCUUGUUUAGUUGUAAAUCUGACCUUCCACAUCUCUUUCUGUCCUUGUUAGAGUCAGUUGUCCUUUGUCUUUGAAGACUGUAGUGUACACCUUUUGCAUGAAAUCUUCAGUUUUUUGUCAAUUUCAAGCAUUGUAUAGCCUUCAAUCCUCAAAACAAUGAUUGCCUGGCAAGUUCUAGAGAAAGCGGUUUCAUUUUUGCAAUUUUUGACUAAUAUUGACCUUAAGACAUGCCAGUCUAUUGCACACUGUGGCAACUCAAAAACAAAGACAAUGUUAAGCUUCAUUUAAUGAACCAAAUAGCUUUCAGCUGUGUUUUAUAUAAUGGCAAGUGUUUUUCUAGUACCAAUUUAGCAUGAUUACUCAAGGAUAAGGUGUUGGAGUGAUGGCUGCUGGAAAUGAGGCCUGUCUAGAUUUGAUAAAAAAAAAUAUAUAUAUAUAUUUUUUUUCUCUCAAAUAGUGAUGGUGCUAUAUGGAAUGGAAGAAUAGUCAGGAAUUUUUUUUGACAUCAGUAAUGUCCUGACUAUACUUUGUGAUCAGUUGAGUCAUUGUGCAUUAGUCCAAACUUUUGGCAGCCAGCGCAUACCUGUUAAGGAUAGUUACAGCAUAUAGGUCAGCUCCACUAAAUGUUUGCAUUUUGUUUUAGUAGUAUUUUAACAAGAAUUACAAAUAAUUAUAGAUGUAUUUAUUGAUAUUUGGAAUUCAGACACUGGUUACUGAUUCAAAAUACAGAUUUAUUAUGUAUAUUUUCUCAUUGCAUAAGUAAAAUGCAAUAGUAGAUGCAUAUGCCAAUUUACUUAAACUGAUGUUUUACUAAAAAAAAAAAAAAUUGUUAGCUGUUUCAUCCAAACUUGUUAUUUUCCAAUACAUUUUAACCACAGAAAACCAGUGGUGCCUUUGGAAAAAAUAGAAUCCAAACGUUGUCUAAUGAAAUGUAUUGCAAGUAGUGUAAAGUAAAUUCUAACCAUUUGUGUUUUUAAAACAAGGAAUACUGGAAGAAUUCCGAAUGGAAUCAUUCAAAAAAGAUGUAAAAAAGAGAUUGUGCUUAUCCUUGCAGAAAUCAAUAUGCAACCAUCCAGAGUUAACUUGAUAUAUUGACUCCACUGUUAGGACCUUCCACAGUUUGAACCUAAUCUCUCCCAAAACAUUUUAAUCAAGCUUAUAAAAAGGGAUUGUUCACCCAAAAAUAUAAAUUAUCAUCAUUUACUCACCCUCAUGCCAGACCAGAUGUAUAUGACUUUCUUCUGCUGAACACCAACAAAGCUUUUUAAAAGAAUAUCUCAGCCCUGUUGGUCAUUUCAACAUAAAGCAUAAAAGUAAACCAUAAGUCUCAGUGGUUAAAUCCAUGUCUUCACAAGCAUCAUAAGUUUGGGUGAGAAACAGAUAAAUAUUUAAGUCCUUUUUUUUUUUCUCCACUUUCACAUGUGGUGCCUGUUUAGUUCCACUUUCACAUCUGAAAGUGAAUGUAGAGAUUUGGAGUAAAAAAGGACUUUAAUAUUUAUGUUUCCAACCCACACCUAUCAUAUCACUUCUGAAGAUAUGGAUUUAACCACUGGAGUCUCAUGGAUUACUUUUAUGAUAAUUUUAUCUGCUUUUUGGACCUUCAGAUAUCUGGUCACCAUUCAGUUGCAUUGCAAGGACCAACAGAGCUGAAAUAUUCUUAUAAAUAUUUCUUAUAUUGUGUUCGGCAGAAGAAAGUCAUACACUUCUGGGAUGGCAUGAGGGUGAGUAUUUUUGGGUGAACUAUGAGUAACCUGUGGCCAGGAAACCAGCCCCUAUUAUUUGUAAUGAUGAACUUCAUUGGAAGUAUGAGAGGUAAUUUGAAAUUAUUUUAAAAUAUUUUUAGUUAUUUGCUCUGAGAGCAAAUGUUUGCUAAAUCUUAGAAAGUAUUUUAAAACAUAAUUAUUUAAAAGGGACACUUUGUUUUCAUUGAAUGUAUUUAGUAACAGAAAUAUUAAGAUACUGUAAGUGUUAAGAAGACUAAGUUAUUUUCAAUUUUAAGAUGAGCUGCCUCAUGCAAUAGCAAAUGCAACUCUCACGAUCUCUUUUUUUACUGUACUUCAUUAUGUUGCAUUAACCAACACGUAUGCAAAGAGAACAGUAACCAGUGGCCGCCCAGCUGCUCUUGACUGGUGUGUAACCAUUACACCAGUUGUUUGAAAUGUAUGUGCAUUGUAAUACCUAUGUUGUAUUUAUUGUUUCACUGUACUGUAUCAAUAGAGAAAAUGUUUGUGUUUGUACUUUUUGUUAUAAUGUUCAUGGAUUCACUGUUACAUGUCUAUAUGUACUACCCCUGCCUAACUUCUACGAUACAAUUAUGCACAUUAUUGCUCAAUGUCGUGUAUUUUUCCCCAUUCCGCAGUACUUCUAUCAAGAUUAGGAUAUCCCUCUACUUAAACAUUCUGAAAGUGGUAAAACAUAAAAUGUCAUGCCUAUAAAAUGUUGAAUAAUACAAAAGAACAAAGAAUACAUAAA